UGGCCCCUGUUCAUGAAGAGGCAGAGCUCUCGACGUUUGCUUGUUCGUUAUCACCCACAAAGCUAAUCUCUACACGCCUUUGAAGCCCUUUCUCAACGCCGUCCUCUUCUUGAGCCCUUUCGACUGCGCUCGUUGCCCGCCCAUUCCAUCCACAACCACCACGAUGGCGUCAGAGACCCCCGCCACGAUCACCGUCGAACAGCUCCCCGAGCUUCUAAAAAACGACACGUCUGUCAAAGUGGCAGGCGUAGACGUUGAUGGGCUACUGCGCGGCAAACUCAUGGCUAAGAAGAAGUUCCUCAGCGUCGCCAAGGCCGGGUUCGGCUUCUGCAGCGUCAUCUUCGGCUGGGACAUGCACGACCAGACCUACUUCCGCGAACUCGGCAUCUCGAACAAGGAGAAUGGAUACCGCGACCUCAUUGCUGUCCCGGACCUCUCGUCAUUCAGACGGAUACCAUGGGAAAAUGACGUACCGUUCUUCCUGAUCAGCUUCCACGACCCGGAUACCAACGAGACCCUGAGCGCGUGCCCAAGAAGCUUGUUGAGGCGCACAGUAGACAAGCUCGCGGAGAAAGGGUAUGGGGCUAUGGCGGGAGCCGAGUACGAGUUCUACCAGUUCCGCGCACCGCAGAACCACGACGGUACAGAGAGAAACACCUCGAGCACUGCAGCAUUCCUACGCGAUAAUGCCGUCACUUCGCUCCCAAGCCUCACAGAAGGCAUGUUCGGAUACAGCAUAACGCGACCAGUACACAACCAAGACUACUACUACGGCAUCUUCGACGCAUGCCUCAAGUUCAACUGCGGAAUCGAGGGCUGGCACACAGAGUCCGGGCCUGGUGUAUUUGAAGCUGCCCUCGAAUUUGGCGAAAUCGCUCAAAUGGCAGACAAAGCCUCCCUCUUCAAGCUCGUCGUCAAAUCCCUCGGCUCAAAACACGGCAUAACACCCUGCUUCAUGGCGAAGCCCCGCCAGGGCCUGCCAGGAAACAGCGGCCACAUGCACGUCUCCAUCGUCGACAAGGACAGCACAAACCUCUUCGCGCGCGCAGAAGAAGACAAGGACGCCGCGUACCCAGAUAUCCGGUUCCUCUCCGACAUGGGGCGCCACUUCCUCGCUGGCCUGAUCGACGGCCUGCCGGAUAUCAUGCCCAUCCUGGCGCCGAAUGUCAAUUCGUACAAGAGGCUGGUUGAGAACUUCUGGGCGCCUGUCACGGUCUCGUGGGGCUUGGAGCACCGCGCUGCUAGCAUUCGGCUUAUCGCGCCGCCCACCGCCUCGGCGAAAGCAACGCGCUUCGAAGUCCGCGUCCCGGGCGCAGAUACAAACCCGCAUUUCGUGCUCGCUGCAAUUCUAGCGCUAGGGUGGCGGGGCGUGGAGAAGAAGAUGGAGAUUGCCAUACCGCCGCUAGGCAAGGGCGAGGAUGUAGGCGGUACGGCGGAUAAGGGACAACGGCUUGCAAAAAGCUUGAAGGAGGCGACGGAGCGGUUUAUGAGGAAGGAGAGCGUGGCGCGGGAAGUUUUCGGAGAUGAGUUUGUAGACCAUUUCGGAGGGACAAGGGAGCACGAGGUGCGACUUUGGGACGAGGCGGUUACGGACUGGGAGGUCAGACGCUAUAUUGAGGCUGUCUAAGCUCGCGAUCCUGGACGGGUCGGUCGAUUAUACCACUAUUCCAUAUAUUAUUACGUUUCAUCCUCUCACAUCCCAAUCAGCCCCUUGAUCCCCCUGACCUUCCCACGCACAUCUCCAUACCCCAACCACACAAUCCCCAUGGCGAACUUCCACGCCUUGCUUCCAUCCUGAACGGGUAAGUCCAUCGGCGGCGGGAUGCCCGUCUUCACACCCAUCCACCCCAAUCGAUCCCUCGUAACACUCUUCGCGUUACACAAACUCCGCAGCCCCUCCUUGCCAGCAAAGCGUCCGUAUCCACUCCCCUUGGUCCCUCCAAACGGUAACUGCACCAUAUACGUGACAGCGAAAUCAUUCACCGCGACCAUGCCCGCAUGUACCUCUCUAACCACGCGCUCAAGAUCGGCGGAUUUGGAGCCGUACACGGAGGCGCCGAGGGCGUAGAUGGUGCUGUUUGCGAUGGCGAUAGCGUCGGACACGGAUUCGGCGCGCAUGAGCAGGAA